AUGUACGGUGCGGGCGUGUCUUCAGCGCUCCAUUAUUUAGACGAUUUUCUCUUCUUCGGCGAGCCAGGGACAGAGGAAUGUGCCAAAAACCUGGGGCUCGCAUUGGCAACGUGCAGAAGUUUGGGCGUUCCGGUAGCGGAGCACAAGAUCGAAGGUCCGGUCUGUUGCAUGACAUUCCUUGGCAUUGAGAUUGACACAAUUGAAGGUUGCUUGCGUUUACCCAAGAAUAAGCUGUGGCGCCUCUGUGAGCUGCUGAGGGAAUGGUCGCACAAGCGAGCCUGUACGAAGCGCGAGCUGUUGUCGCUGGUUGGUCUAUUGCACCAUGCCGCUACCGUCGUUAAACCUGGUCGGAUGUUUGUUCGGCGGUUGAUCGACUUGUCGGCGAUUCCGGAAUUUAUCGAGAGAUGGAACGGUCAAGGUUUGCUGGCCGCAGUCGGUCGUCUGCUCCCGUCCAUUACAGUGCAGUCAGAUGCGUCCGGAGGCUGGGGUUGCGGUGCAGUGUGGGGUGAAUUGUGGCUUCAAGUGGAAUGGCCUGCGUCGUGGACCGAUGUUUCCAUUGCUCCAAAAGAAUUGGCACCGAUUGUUUUUGCCGCCCUGGUCUUCGGUCGAGACCUUCAAAACCACCAUGUCUUGUUUCAGUCGGACAACUCCACAGUUGUCGCAGCGCUGCAGCAAGGUACGUGCCGGGAUCCGCGUGUGAUGCAACUGCUUUGCAUGCUUCACUUUGUGGCUGCGCACUAUAGUUUUACUUUUACGUCAGCGCACCUGCCAGGCCGGUGUAACACACUCGCGGACGCUAUAUCUCGCAACCAGGCUAACUCAAGUGCUCUUAUGUCGUCGCAGUUGUCUCAGAUUUCCCAUCCCGUCUCAUCAACCAUCAUCGACCUGGUGUGCGAUCUGGAGGUGGACUGGACAUCGGACGAUUGGAACAGUCGGUUGCGCGCUUGCUUGGAGCAGGUACAGCUACGACGACGGACCGGUCGUAUCGUUCGGGUUAUGCACGGUAUCGGAGGUUCUGCGCUAGAGCUCACGUGUUGCCUUUUCCAACGUCAGAACGGAUACUGUGCUUGUUCGUCGCGUCCUUAG